UAAAAGCAAGUCAGUUCGAGUCGAAAAGAGCUCAGUGGAAUAGUGUUAUCAUUAAUCAAAGUGACAGUGAAGCUGUGUUGAAAAAAUAUUCAGGUGUGGUAAAGCAGCACUCAAAAUGUUCAAACUUUUCGUCCUGGCACUUUGCGCCACCGCCACACUGGCCACAGUGGAGAAAGCCAUCGUGUGCCUCAAAUCGGGCGACAUCGACGGCAAAAUCACCUUCACCCAAACCGCAGAAGGCGUCCAAGUCGAAGGCGUGAUCAACGGGCUCCCGAAGGGCAAGCACGGCUUCCACAUCCACGAGAAGGGGGCCCUUGGGGACAGCUGCAAGGACGCAGGGGGCCACUUUAACCCGGACAAAAAAGAUCACGGGGCUCCUGAGGAUGCUGUUCGCCACGUUGGUGAUCUCGGGAACAUCAUCGCUGAUGAUAAGAAAGUGGCCCAUGUUAACAUUUCCGACAAGAUCAUUUCGCUGAAUGGUGAACACAGUAUUAUAGGGAGGGCUGUGGUGGUCCAUGAGGGGGAGGACGAUCUGGGGAAAGGGAACUUCAAUGACUCCAAAACCACAGGACAUGCUGGGGCCAGACUUGUCUGCGGCGUCAUCGGAAUUGCAAGUGAUGGGACUGAGACAUGUCCGGAAGGACCUGGAAACAUUGCCAUUUCUACGACCGGAAAUUACUUCCUGUUAUUUACUGGACUGUAUACACUAUUUCUUAAUCUAAGAUUUUAAACUUUCGAAGACGAAAUAAAAUUGUAAUAUUUUUUGUUGUAAUAAAUUUUAACACA